AUGGCGACCGUGACCGCUCUGAGGAGCUGCUGCCGAGCCACGGGACGCUUGGUUUGCAUUCACCGUGUUAGAUCGUGCAGCAGCAUUGGCUUAAUAAAAUCAAAAUAUGUGUGCCUGUUUGACAAAGCUGCCCUCAAGUUUAGUCAUCAACAGCGAUUGUUCAGAACAUCUGCUGUUUCAUGUGGCCAAAUUGUUCAGUUCAAGCUUUCUGACAUUGGAGAAGGGAUUACGGAGGUGACUGUGAAAGAAUGGUAUAUAAAAGAAGGUGACAGUGUGUCUCAAUUUGAUAGCAUCUGUGAAGUACAAAGCGAUAAAGCUUCUGUUACCAUUACUAGUCGUUAUGAUGGCAUCAUUAGAAAACUCCAUUACAAUUUAGAUGAUAUUGCUUAUGUUGGAAAACCAUUAGUGGACAUUGAAAUUGAUGCUUCAAAAGGUGCUGCCCCAGAAGAAGAUGUUGUUGAAACGCCUCCUAUGUCUCAUGAAGAGCACACUCACCAAGAGAUAAAAGGUCACAAGACGUUAGCAACCCCUGCAGUUCGUCGUUUGGCCAUGGAGAACAAUAUUAAAUUGAGUGAAGUUGUUGGAACAGGGAAAGAUAACAGAAUCCUUAAAGAAGACAUACUCAAUUACUUGGCCAAACAAACAGGAGCUAUUUUACCUCCAUCACCAAAGGCUGAAAUUGUGCCACCUUUGCCAAAAUCUAUUCCAGCUGCUCCAAAGGACAAAGCACGUAAAAUUCCUGUGCCUGUUUCCAGACCCAUUGUGUUUUCAGGAAAAGACAAAACUGAACCUGUAACAGGUUUUCACAAGGCAAUGGUAAAGACUAUGAGUGCAGCCCUGAAGAUACCCCACUUUGGUUAUUGUGAUGAGAUUGAUUUGACUCAGCUUGUUCAGCUGCGAGAAGAGCUGAAACCUGUAGCACAAAUCCGUGGAAUUAAGCUUUCCUUUAUGCCUUUCUUCAUAAAGGCGGCCUCUCUGGGAUUGUUGCAGUACCCUGUUCUUAAUGCUUCUUUGGAUGACAGCUGUCAAAAUGUCACAUACAAGGCUUCGCACAACAUUGGAGUUGCUAUGGACACAGAGCAAGGUUUAAUUGUCCCAAAUGUGAAAAAUGUUCAAGUCUGUAGUGUGUUUGAGAUUGCUGCUGAAUUAAAUCGUCUACAGUCCUUGGGCUCUGCAGGCCAACUGGGAACAAAUGAUCUCACUGGGGGAACAUUCACCCUUUCAAAUAUUGGCACAAUUGGUGGCACUUAUGCCAAACCAGUGAUACUACCCCCUGAAGUAGCCAUUGGAGCACUUGGAAAGAUACAGGUUCUUCCUCGGUUUAAUGAAAAAGGUGAAGUAUGUAAAGCACAGAUAAUGAACGUGAGUUGGUCAGCUGAUCACCGCAUCAUUGAUGGAGCUACAAUGGCCCGGUUUUCUAACUUAUGGAAAUCUUACUUGGAGAACCCUGCCUCAAUGCUGCUAGACCUUAAAUAA